AUGUACAAUGCACUCAUGGACGCCUAUAAUCGCAUUGGUGAUGGCAGGACUGUAUUGGACAUCUGGCAACAACUCGUGUCUUCUGCACCCCCAAAUGUGGCAGUUGAUCAAGCAUCGGUAUCCAUCGUGUUGGACAGCUGCGGACAUAAUGGAUACAUGCACCGUGCACCUUCCAUUUGGAACUGGCUCAAGCGUACAGGAUUCGAACUGAAUACAAACAAUUACAAUUCUUAUAUCGAGUGCCUUUGCCGUAUACCUGGAAGAGUAGGAUGGGAUCGUGCGCUUAGCCUGAUGAAGGAGGACAUGCGCGCUCCUGGAGAUGAGAUAUCCGAUAAACCUUUGAUAGAAGAAAAAACAUUCAAUACCCUAAUCAGUUUUGCAAAGAAGAAGCAAUUUGAAGAAGCAGAAAUCAAGCAAUUAGAAGCCUGGAAAGAACAAUGCAUACAAUAG